AAUCAUAAUCUGACAAUUUACUUUCAAUAUACCGCACAUUUUAACAAUGAAUUUUUUACCACGUUUAAAUAACAUCCUGCGCACCAACUUAAGAAACUAUUGUUCUACCAAAGGUGAAGAAUGCAAAGAAAAGACCGCCCCCAAAGUGACUAAAUCUGUGCCACCAAGACCCAAGAUAUUUCAAAUUUACAGAUACAUCCCCGGAGACAAAUGCUCACCCAAACCGUUCAAAAAGUCCUACACUCUAGACCUAAACAAAACAGGUCUUAAGGUGUUAGACGCCCUGAUAAAAAUAAAAAAGGAGAUCGACCCCACGUUGGCGUUUAGGGUGUCGUGCAGAGAAGGUAUUUGUGGCUCCUGCGGCAUGAACAUCGACGGCAAAAACCAACUGGCCUGUUUGUCAACGAUAAAGCCGAAGGGUGUCACCAAAAUUUACCCCCUACCUCACAUGUACGUGAUCAGAGAUUUGGUCGUUGACUUUAGACACUUCACCAAGCAACACAAAAGAAUCAUGCCCUAUCUGAUCCUCAAAGAUCAAGUACCGGAAGAGAACCAGCUGCUACAAAGCAUGCAGGACAGAGACAAAAUAGAUGGCACCGUGGAAUGCAUCCUGUGCGCCUGCUGCUCCACCUCCUGCCCCGAGUACUGGUGGCACGGGCACACCAAAGACAAAAACGACUUUCUGGGGCCGGCAGCUCUUUUGAACGCCUACAGGUGGAUCAUUGAUUCCAGGGAUCAGGCGCAGCAAGAACGCCUCGACAUCAUGACGAAUUACUUUAAUGUUUACAGAUGCCACACGAUUAACAAUUGCACCAGCUGUUGCCCUAAACAGUUGAAUCCUGCCAAGGCGAUAGCCAAUCUUCGGUUGAUGCUGGGCAAGUUGAAGUCCAAGCCCAAGCCUGAAAUGGAAGGGUCGAUUCCUGCUGAACCUAACAAGAUGUGCGAGGAACGAUGCAAAUAAUAGUCAUAUAUUUAUAUUAUUAUAAAUUUAAUAAAUAAGAAGUUGUGAAAGA